AAAGCAUGAGACUUGAUACAGCAUUUUGGAGUUGUGGAGACGACGACGAUAUAAAGUUAGGGUUUUUCUCACAUGGGUUGCGGAGGAUCCAAAGUAGAUGAUCAACCACUUGUGAUUCUCUGUAGAGAGAGGAAAGAACUUAUCAAAGCUGCGUCUCAUCAUCGUUGUGCUUUAGCCGCUGCUCAUCUCUCUUACUUUCAAUCUCUCUGUGACGUUGGUGAAUCUAUUAAACGUUUCGUCGACGAAGAACUUGUCGUCGUUGGUACUUCUUCUUCUUCACCUGAUUCUCCUGUUCUUACGCUUCCGUCUGACGAAGGGAAGUCUCAUAAACACAAGAUCUCGUCUUCUUCUACUUCGGUUUCGCAUUCGGUUAUUGAAGACGACGGAGAAGGAGAAGGAGAAGAUCAGCAUUUGCAUUUAUCAUCUGGAUCCGAGUUAGAUUCUGGAUCGGAAUCUGGAUCUGAUGAUUCAUUAGGUCACAUUCACAUUGAAACUAGCCCUAAAGUGAAGGAGAAAGAAACACGCUUACCGGAAAAUUACCAGCCCGGUUAUCAACCCGGUUAUGAGCCUGGUUUUACGCCGGGAUAUCAAUAUCAACCGGGUUACUCGGCUGGGUAUCAGUAUCCGGUUGAAGGAUGGGGCUUUAUGGGAGAGAAUCCGGAUUUAAACCCGUACCCGAACCCGAAUCCGGGAAUGUAUUUUAUGAAGAAGUCUGCGCCACCGUCCCGGCCGGUAGUGUUUCAGCCAGAGAAUCAUAGAGUGGAGAAUGGGCAAUGGUUACCGGAGAAUGGAUUUGGGUACUCUAAUUAUUUUCCCGGAAAUGCUAACACUGGGUAUUUUGGUUACCCGGAGCAGCAACGUAGAGAGCCACCGUCUCCGGUGAGGCCGACUCCAGCGCCUCCGUCUCCGCCUAGGAUUUCAAGUUGGGAUUUUUUGAAUGUGUUUGAUACUUAUGAUUAUAUUAGAGCUGGUGGUGGUGAAAGUUCCGGUGCCGGAGUUGGGUUUUCUCCGGCCAUGGGUGGAGGUAAGUCAAAUUCAAGCAGUCCUGAUUCGAGGGAAGUGAGAGAGAGGGAAGGGAUUCCUGAGUUGGAAGAAGAAACAGAGCAAGAAGUUAUCAUUGGGCAAACAUUUAAACAUAUGAAGAGAAAAGGCAUUGAGAAGGUGAAAGAACAACACAGACAGGAGAAUGAGAUUCACGAGAGAAAGAUCAAGAAACGAGGAGAUUCAGGUGAAGGAACAUCAAGGGCAGUGCCUAUGGUAGAAAGGGCUACGGAGAGUUCUUUUGGUUCAAAGACUGUGUCUUCGUUUUCGAGUAGUGAAGAAGAAUCUGAGUUUCAUCAUGUUAAUGACGGAGAAGGAAAGAGUAGCAGUAAUGGUUUAAGUGGGCAUGAGACAGUUGCUACUAAGAGUGUUGGAGAAGUAGAAGAAGAAUAUGUGAGGAAGAAAGGGGUGAGCUUUGAGUUGGAUGAAAAUGCAACUACUUCUUUUGAUGUUGAGUCUUCCAAGAUAAGUAGUCUGUCUGCAUUGUCGGUUCAUGCCACUAGAGAUCUCAGAGAAGUUGUGAAAGAGAUCAAGAGUGAGUUUGAGGUUGCUUCUUCACAUGGGAAGGAAGUGGCUGUGUUGCUUGAGGUUAGCAAGUUGCCUUAUCAGCAGAAAAGUUCGGGGCUCAAAGUUAUCUUCUCGCGGAUCAUGUAUCUGGUGGCGCCAUCCACAGUGUCAUCGCGCUCUCAGCCUCAACCGUCAAUACGGUUAACAUCUAGGAUAUUGAAAAUUGCAAAAUCAUACAAUGGUCAGGAUAUCAGAGAAGGCUUAUCUGGAAACCUCUCUUCAACCUUGGAGCAACUCUAUGCCUGGGAAAAGAAACUGUAUAAAGAAGUCAAGGAUGAAGAGAAGCUUCGUGUUGUCUAUGAAGAAAAGUGCAGAACACUGAAAAAACUGGAUAGUCUUGGUGCGGAAUCUAGCAAGAUUGAUACUACUCGAGCAGCCAUUAGAAAGCUGCUAACCAAACUCGACGUCUGUAUAAGAUCUGUUGAUUCCAUCUCGAGCAGGAUACAUAAACUGAGAGAUGAAGAAUUGCAGCCGCAACUCACUCAAUUGAUUCACGGGUUGAUAAGAAUGUGGAGAUCAAUGCUCAAGUGCCACCAGAAGCAGUUCCAGGCAAUUAUGGAGAGCAAGGUUCGAUCUCUCAGGGCAAACACCGGCUUACAAAGAGACUCUGGUCUGAAAGCUAUUCUUGAUCUGGAGAUGGAGCUACGAGAAUGGUGCAUUAGCUUCAACCAUUGGGUCAAUACUCAGAAAUUAUAUGUGGAGUCUCUAAAUGGAUGGCUCUCAAGAUGUCUUCACUAUGAACCUGAAUCAACAGAGGACGGAAUUGCCCCUUUCUCUCCUAGCAGUGUUGGAGCUCCACAGGUCUUCGUUAUAUGCAAAGAUUGGCAAGAAGCAAUGGCAAGAAUCUCUGGAGAGAACGUUUCAAACGCUAUGCAAGGCUUUGCCUCGAGUCUACAUGAAUUAUGGGAGAGACAAGAUGAGGAGCAAAGACAGAGAGUGAAAGCAGAGUAUGUCUCACACGAUUUCGAGAAACGGUUGAAUGAUCUUAGGAUGGAGAGGGCGAGAGUGAGAAUGAGAAACGAUCAGCUACAAGACGGUGCAUCAGAGAAAAGCGUGGUCUUGUCUGAGAGCGGGAUAUCGGCGUUGGAUGAUUUGAAAGUGGAUUUGGACUCAAUGAGGAAGAAGCUAGAAGAAGAAAGAGCAAGACACAAGGAAACAAUUAAACUUGUGAACAAUGCAGCUUCAAGCAGCUUACAAGCUGGUUUAGUACCAAUCUUUGAGGCCUUGGGGAAUUUCACUUCACAAGUUGUAAAAGCUCAUGAAGAUCUUAGAGCUAACCCCGGAGAGCUUACAGAAUUCAAGCUAAACAUUGUUAGAGAGAAAGAGAGAGCGAUAAUGGCGAUGAGGGGAUUCACGUUGUUUUCGAUCCUUGUGUUGUCGUUGUUCGCUUCUUCUAUCAGAAGCGAAGAGACGGAGACGAAGGAGUUCGUGUUGACCUUGGAUCACACUAACUUCACCGAUACCAUCAACAAACACGAUUUCAUCGUCGUCGAGUUCUACGCCCCAUGGUGUGGACACUGCAAGCAGCUUGCUCCUGAGUACGAGAAGGCUGCGUCAGAGUUGAGCAGUAACGUCCCUCCGGUUGUUCUUGCUAAGAUUGAUGCAAGUGAGGAAACAAACAGAGAAUUUGCAACCCAAUACGAGGUUCAGGGUUUCCCAACAAUCAAGAUUUUCAGAAACGGAGGUAAAGCUGUUCAAGAAUACAAUGGACCUCGUGAAGCUGACGGCAUUGUUACUUACUUGAAGAAACAAAGUGGACCUGCAUCAGCUGAAAUUAAGUCAGCUGAUGAUGCUGCUGAGGUUGUUGGUGACAAGAAGGUUGUUGUGGUUGGGAUUUUCCCUAAACUAUCUGGCUCUGAGUUUGAUUCUUUCAUGGCCAUUGCUGAGAAAUUGCGCUCUGAGUUAGAUUUCGCACACACCUCGGAUGCUAAACUUCUUCCCCGUGGAGAGUCAUCUGUAACAGGACCUGUAGUCAGGCUGUUCAAACCCUUUGAUGAACAAUUUGUUGAUUCCAAGGAUUUCGAUGGUGAAGCUCUGGAGAAAUUUGUCAAAGAAUCCAGCAUUCCUCUUAUCACAGUCUUUGACAAAGAUCCAAACAACCACCCAUAUGUUAUCAAGUUCUUUGAAAGCACUAAUACCAAGGCGAUGUUGUUCAUGAACUUCACUGGAGAAGGAGCCGAGUCUCUUAAAUCAAAGUACCGUGAAGUUGCUACAUCCAACAAGGGACAGGGUCUUAGCUUCCUUCUAGGUGAUGCUGAGAACAGCCAAGGUGCAUUCCAGUACUUUGGACUUGAAGAGAGCCAAGUUCCACUCAUCAUCAUCCAGACUGCUGACGACAAGAAAUACCUGAAAACAAAUGUGGAGGUUGACCAGAUUGAAUCAUGGGUUAAGGACUUCAAGGAUGGAAAAAUUGCUGCCCACAAAAAAUCUCAACCUAUCCCAGCCGAAAACAACGAGCCAGUGAAGGUUGUUGUUUCUGACAGCCUUGACGACAUUGUCUUAAACUCUGGAAAGAACGUCUUGCUUGAAUUCUAUGCUCCAUGGUGUGGACACUGCCAAAAGCUUGCUCCAAUAUUGGACGAAGUCGCUGUGUCGUACCAAAGCGACCCAAGUGUAGUCAUAGCUAAGCUAGAUGCAACCGCAAACGACUUCCCACGUGAAACCUUUGAUGUGAAGGGCUUCCCGACCAUUUACUUCAAAUCAGCGAGCGGAAACAUUGUGGUUUACGAAGGAGACAGGACAAAGGAAGAUUUCAUAAGCUUCAUCGACAAGAACAAGGACACAGUUGGAGAGGCUAAGAAGGAGGAAGAGACAACUGAGGAAGGAGCUCGCACGGGCGGCUACGAAAUCGCUGGAUUUUCAAAUCGUCUAUCAGUUUCCAUGACUUCAGAUGCUCUCUCUAUACCGUCUGAGCUUGAAUCUGCAUUGCGGCUCAGGACUGUACAAUACUUUAUUACAAAAAGGCCUUGGCUUGAUCUUUAUGGAGUCCAUGUGAGGCCUGUGCCACCAUUCGGAAGUACAAGCCGUAAACCUCAUUAUGAUCCAGCUUUGAUUCAUCGUUGCUUGCCUGAUGAGCUUCUUUUCGAGGUGUUUGCUCGGAUGAUGCCUUAUGACUUAGGAAGAGCAGCUUGUGUAUGCAGAAAGUGGAGGUACACGGUUCGGAACCCUGUGUUCUGGCGUAAUGCCUGCUUGAAAGCUUGGCAGACCGCUGGGGUUAUCGAAAACUAUAAGAUCUUGCAGUCUAAAUAUGAUGGAUCAUGGAGGAAAAUGUGGCUUCUUAGAUCCAGAGUUCGUACUGAUGGUCUAUAUGUGAGUAGGAAUACUUACAUUCGAGCUGGAAUUACUGAGUGGAAGAUUACAAAUCCAGUUCACAUUGUUUGUUACUUCCGCUACAUAAGGUUCUACCCUUCUGGCAGAUUUCUUUACAAGAACUCUUCGCAGAAAUUGAAGGAUGUUGCCAAGUACAUGAACUUUAAGGCUUCUAAAUCUGACAGUCUUUACAGAGGCACGUAUACAUUGUCAAUGUCAGAUGAUAAGAUUGAAGCAGCUGUUCUAUACCCAGGGACGCGCCCUACUGUCCUAAGGAUUCGUUUAAGGUUAAGAGGAACAGCGAUUGGAGCGAAUAACCGGAUGGAUUUGCUGUCACUUGUGACAAGUGGUGUGAACGAUGAGGAAAUAAGCAGCACAGAAGAAGACAUUCUUGGGGUAGUUGAAGGUUGGGAAGACGAUGAAACUCACAACCCGGAUAUACCUGCCGUCUCACACAAGAGGGGUAUGACUCCAUUCGUCUUCGUUCCUUUCGAAGAGGUUGAACAAUCGGUUCUGAACUUACCACCGGAGAAAAUGGAUUACUAUGUCACUGGCUAAAAGAGACACAGCGUCGUAUCUGUACAAAAAUGUAUCAUAGAAUAAUGUUUUCACGUUUUAUUUAUGAUGAAGACAAACAUUAGUGUUUGUUUGUUGCUGUCGAAUUGUGAAAAAACAUUACAUUUUGGG